CUAUACCAAAAUAAAUAAAGUGAAAACUGAAACUGAAUGACGAUGACGACGACGACGAAGAGAUGGGCUCGUGUGCUGGAGCUAGUAUUGUGGCAUGGAGAGACCGUGAGAAGUGGCGAUGGUUUGGGGAGGCGCCUCAAUCCGGCAGUGGAUCAACUAAGGGCAACAUUUGGUGAUGUUUCUGCUACUGCUGCUGCAUUGGCAGUGGUGCGCAAACAGCACUCAACACAGUCAUCAAUAGCACUGCGUGUGGCCUUAAGCGGAACAAAGUAUGGCUCUACUUCAAAGCGUAUACAUUUAGAGGCCAGAGAGAAGGAGUGGAUCAUAAGAAAAGCGAUUGUGCAAUCCGUCUCUCUGGCCUGUCUAUCUAGGUACUAUCAAUAAGGGCCAUUGUCAAAAACGUCGCCUAUUAUGUGUUUCCCCUUCAAGGCCACACACACACAGUGCUGAGCGUUUUGAUGAAAAAUGGAAAAUGGGUGUAAGUGUGCAUAUGGCAAGGCGAUACAUUCGGCGUGCAACUUAAUUCCACAGCGUAAUUGCCACCGCCGCAUUCGUUGUAUUUUAACGAACCCAGAAGUAAUUACCCACCAAUAAUGAUCAAUGAGUUAUCAACUUUAGCGAGUUCAUUCAAGGCGUGCUGCUGCUGCUGGCCAAUUUCCCAAGCGCCUUUGAGCGCGUGGGGGCGGCGUGACGUCACACCGUCAUGGCCGCGCCCAUGGGUAACGUGGGCGACGCCGCGCCGGGUAAUGGGGACACGGGGACACGGGGCUCUGAGGCUGGAGACAGCACGGAGACACGGGGCUCUGGGGGUGGAGACGGCACGGAGACACGGGGCUCUGGGGGUGGAGACGGCACGGAGACACGGGGCUCUGGGGACGAGCGCCAUGGUCUGCACCUCUUCCCCGAGCGGCUGGUGCCUAAAUUCAAGCGCGGAUUCGCGGCCAGCGCGAAGUGCAACUUCAUGCUGAAGGUCGCGCUGGAGUCGAAUCCGUAUGCAAUACUUCUACAAGAUGCUUUGAAGAGAUCGGGGUGCACCGCGUACAGGGAUCGACACUUCUCAUGCGAAGAGUGCGACAAUAAAGUUGCCGGGGGAUUCGACUCCCACACGUCACAGGUGGUGAUUUGCCAGAACAACGUGCAGAGCCAGCACUACAUGAACCGUGUGGUGACACACGAGCUCAUCCACGCCUUCGACCACUGCCGCGCGCACGUCGAUUGGUUCGGCUCAAUGGAGCACAUGGCCUGCUCCGAGAUCCGAGCUGCGAACCUCAGUGGGGAUUGCACCUUCCAAAACGAACUCCGGCGAUUCAACUUUGGACUGAAAGGCCAUCACCAGACGUGCGUGCGCAACAGAGCCGCCUUGUCCAUCCUGGCGGUGCGGCCCACCACUAUCGAGGAGGCCAAGGCGGCCGUGGAUCGCGUGUUCGAGCCGUGCUUCAACGACUUGGAGCCCUUCGGCCGCAUCCCUCUAAGCAAGAAGCACGCCAAGUACGCCUUCCUGCAGCAUCAGUCGCGCGACCGCUACGAAGCCAACCUCUAGUGCACCCGACGGGAUGUUACCCCGGCAAAAUAAUUACCGUCGCCUCUGGAUCACGAAGGUGCGUCGGAAAGUUCAGACGCGCCCAAACUUGGGUGCAAGCAAACCUGAAAUCUCACUCUCCCAAAGCUCGACAGCCCUGUUGUCUGCAGGCUAUGAUGGAGUCAGCUCUCAGGAAUUUGGACUGGGAGGCGAUUUGGCACUGCCCCAAGACUUGGGAGAGGAAAUGUGUUUCCAGCUGCAAAAUGGAGAGCACUUGUUUAAAACGCACAGCUUGAAUGAUUGCUCAUAAAAAUUACUGAUUUAUAUAUAAAAUAAAAACUUGAGUAUUUACUCUUGUAAAUGUGAUACUUGUGAAGCAGCACUUGUGGAAGUACGUUGUGUGAAAUGCGAAUAAAAAGUUUGAUACAGUGCUGUGAUGUUA